CCUUGACACCUUUUUGCAUUGCCCCGACGCCAUUAUGACGAGGCAGGUGGCAGGGGGACCCAUAGUACCCCUACCACGCGCCCCGGACCCAUACUCGCUCAACGUCGAUCUCCACCGUCUCAGCGGCGAGGAAGGAGCCGCGACCAUCUUGUCGCGAGUCACACCGUCCACGCGCAAGAUCAACACAAGCUUCAACUGCCUCGGCCCGUCUGGCGCGCGCGUGCUCUUCGACGGCCUGCGAGCGUACCGCAAGGCCCAGAACCAGGGCCGCAGGCAGUUCUGUUUGUGCACCACCCAGGCCAAGCCGUCGUCCGAGGAGGAAGGCUUCCUCCCCGAGUGGCCGGAAGAUGGGGCGAGCGCCGUCCCCCACGUCCCCACUGAGGAAGAGUUGAAACGCACCGAGACGGACGUCGACAUCUGGGGCCUGCGAGAGAUCCGCCUGCGUCGUAACGGCCUCGGCGACGACGGGCUCCUCACCGUGUUGCGCUACGUGGCCGAGGACAAGACGACGCGCGUGCUCGACGUCGAGGACAACGAGAUCAAGCUGCUCGACUCCACGUACGAGCUCGCCGUGGAGCUCCUCAACGCGUCCAACCUUACCGAGCUCUACCUGAGCUACAACUUCCUCUCGACCCCCGGCGCUGUCCACUUCUUCAACAACCUCAGAAUACCUCUACGGAUUCUGACGUUUGACGAGUGCGCCUUUCCCGUGCCAUGUGCACCGGCGCUGGCGGGAUACCUGGCUUCUGCUCGAGGUCAGCGCCUCGAGAACCUCGACAUCUUCAACAACGACCUCCGUGUCGCUGGCCUGCAGGACAUCAUCGGCGCCGUCGAGGAAGGCAACUAUGCUCUCGUGGUCAACUGUAUCGACGGCAACUGUCCCCGGUCACAAGCCGACCUCGAGCGCGGCCUGAGCAGGCGCAUGACGGCCGCCGUGGUGCGCAAUUAUGCACUGCGGGAGAGGGUGAGGAACGCAUCAAAGCGAGUCAUCAUGCCCCUCCGGCUUAUUGCCCACGCCAAGCGACCUCCAGCGAUCGGCAAGAGGAAACGAGACGAGGACGAGGAAGCAGUCAACAGUCAACCAACCGAGCCUCACUUCCCGCUUCUUGAGCUUCCUCGCGAGCUCCAGCUUCUCGUCGGCCGCCACUGCAGCCAGGAUGCCGAGGCGUUCAGCGAGGCACAGUGGCUUCGCGUCCUGGCCCACGCGCUCGACCCCAGCAGCCUGUCACGGCGGGCUGAGCGAGCGAGGGUGGCUGAGCGGUGUGCUGGGCUACGAUCGUCCAAGAGCUGGGUGACAAAGGGCACCAUGGUAGAAGAGUGGAGGGAAGAGGUCGGCUGUGUGGCGUGGGAGUUGAACCAGCCUGCCGAAGCCUGGCAGCGAAAUCAGAAGCAAGACGAGGAGACCUGAUAGAGAGUGUAGAAGAGUUGUACCAUGUAACUUGUCAUGGUCCGGCUCAACCGCAACCAACGGCCGUGAUCGCGAUCUGCGGAAGUCAGUGC